GAUUUGAUUUUGAGAGAAAGAGAGAGUAAGGGACGCCUGUAGACACUGAGAGACAGCUACUCAUCGUAUAAAAGCCAAGGCUCCCACCAUACAACACACCUGUUUCAGUUUUUGCUUCUGCCUCCUGCGAGAGUUACAGAAGCUGACGGUCCUCUCUUUUCUGCUAUGGCUACAAACGGCGUCGCUUCCAUGCAUUGGAGGUCGGAGAAGAUAGGUGGCUUUGAUCUCUCACCUUCUGUUGAUGAACAAGUACACGUUUUAGCAGUGGAUGAUAGUCUUGUUGAUCGCAAAGUCAUUGAACAUCUGCUCAAAAUCUCAUGUUGCAAAGUGACUGCAGUGGAUAGUGGAAUUAGAGCUCUGCAAUUCCUGGGAUUAGAUGAAGGGAAGGGCUCCUCUGUUGGUCUCGAUGACUUGAAGGUGGAUCUGAUUAUCACAGACUACUGCAUGCCUGGAAUGACUGGUUACGAGUUGCUCAAGAAAAUCAAGGAAUCGUCCACUUUCAGAGAAAUUCCGGUAGUGAUAAUGUCAUCGGAGAACGUCAUGGCUCGAAUAGACAGGUGUUUGGAGGAAGGAGCGCAGGACUUUAUAGUAAAACCGGUGAAAUUAUCAGACGUGAAACGAUUAAGAGAUUACAUGAGCGCCGGGGAGUUCAGAAUGAAGAGCCAACAAAUAGGCAACAAUAACAGUAACAGCAAUAAGAGGAAGUUAAGAGAGAGUUGUGAUCUAUCUUCAUCGCCACCGUCCAUCUCAUUUUCAUCAUCACCAACAUCGCCUUCACCGUCACCAUCACCGUCAUCACUAUCUUCUCCAUCGUCUCCAUUGCCGGGUCUACCACCGUCACCACCAUCACCGCCGAUUCUGUCAUAUUCGGCGCCUUGUUCUCCCACUUCGUUAGAUUCGCCCACCAGACGGCUGAAAAUGAGCAUCUCAGAGUAGAUCCUUUAUUGCCCCUUCCAACGCCACUAUUUUUAUUUACUCUACAAAUUAGGGGGGAAAACCAUUACAAAUGUCAGCAGUUCUCCGUUAGCUUAACGGUCUUUGUUGUUCUUUUGCUCUUGCCUUUUCUGGAGGCAUUUGUUUAUGUUGUUGAUUAGUACAAUAUUAAAUUGAAUACUCAAUUAAUCAGCUAA